AUGAGAAAGCUCAGUUCAGUUCUGGUGGUUGCUACCGUGCUGGGGGCCGCCCACGGAGUGGAGAGCGGCAGCUCGGGUCAAAAAGGGUCGGCAGAGUCCGUCGACUGCCUUGCCGACUUUAAUGCCGCUCGAGAACGAGCAGGUCUCGACGCGAUCAUUGCAGAGACGGACGCAACGAAAAAGUUGCCCACAGAGAGCAAAGCGUAUAUUGCAGCUAUUUGCUCUGCCAUACAGGAGGCAAGCGGCCUGCAUUUGCCCUACCAUUGCCGCCCUGCCGAUGGCUGCUCGGCAGCCGUCUCCUAUUGGAAAAAAGCCCACGUAAACUUUGGCGAACUCCCGCCAGAAUACGAGGAAAAAAAGGAUGUAUAUGUGGACAGCCAGAACGUCUCACUUGUGGCCCUGUACAACCCGAAGGAGGGCGCCACACUUGACUGCGCCUACAUCACUUGCCCUAUCUCGACUGCGACCACCACAUCCGCCCCCACCACUACCAGUGCUACUACAAGCAGCUCCUCCUCCUCGAGCGAUACAGGCGGAGCUAGCGGAGGUACCGGAGGUAACGGAGGUAGCGGAGGUGGCGGAGAUAGCGGAAGUAACGGAGGCGGCGGAGGUGGCGGAAGUAGCGGAGGUAGUUUUUUCAGUGCCGAGCGAAGCGCUGGGGCUUCAGCGAGCAGGGAUGUCCAGGGUCGGGCAUCAGCAGCCGCUCCCAUAUUCUACCCUGUUUCCCGUGAAGGAGACUCUGGAGACCCUCAGAGGACUGGACCAUCCGUUCGGCGCCUCUCCACUACCUCAGAAACGGUUACCGGCCUCGUUUGCCUCACCAACCCUGCGGCUCUUGUAGAUGGACAAAAACCCUUCACUGAAGAUGUUUGGGCGAACAUAAAGAAAGCCAUAGAAAACUCCGCUUCUGCCUCUACCCAGUCUGCUCUCCUUGCUACCGCUUUACUUCUCCUGACUUCUUUCAUGGUUCUCUAG